AUGGGCGAGCACAAACGCCGAAAGACGCAGUUGAAGAGGUCUGACUUUGGAAACUUGCAUCGGAGGUUCAGCUGCUCGCCCGAAUGGAAUGUUACAGCCUCUUACGGUUCAACGACUUUCCGAGCCUCCAUGGCCUCUCUUCGUCCCUUUGACUCUUUCCUGGCACCCGUUUUCUCGACCAAUCAGAUGAAUCUUUUCCUUCGUCUCUGA